AUGCACCCAUUCUGUUCUCGAGAAGAGGCAGAGGCGGCGUUUGAUUGUGGGGUAUACGAGGCACAGUACCAACAUCAGAAUAAUUUAUGCCACCCCAGGUACAUUUCGCAUGUAGGCCAGGCUAUCAGCAAUACAUACUUGUAUAUACCAAGAGCGCUCUACUCGAUACACACACAUCCGCUGCAUGCAGCAAGGUUUGAAGCCAUGGAAAGAGCACAUACGGUGGAUAUGCAAUUGCACCACCACCCCACUAGAGCGCAUAACCUAUAUACUUAUGUCCCCUUUUCUCCAGCCUUAAUUUUCUCCCACCAUAUGCACGCAUCUAUCCCGGGCCCGACCAGCCUGUCCCCAGAUCUGCCACCCCGAGCCGUAACUCCAGACCUCAACCAGACCACCGAAAACUCGAGUGACACUUCAUGCGCCAAGACAACCCAAGACACUUGCACCUCACCCCCGGUCUCCUUCCAGCCAUCGACAGCACUGCGCGCAAUGUUUGACCUCCCAGAAACUAAACGCGUCCGCCGCGCGGAGCUCUUCGACGACUUCACUCCAGCCGCCGACUCCCCCACCACCUCCGACACGCACACCCUCGACCUCGACCUCGACUUCGUCACCGUCGCGCCCCUCCCAUCCGCCAACCCCGCCGACGACCCCGCCGACGCAGACCUCGAAUUCAGUCUCUUCUCAGGCCCGCGCCAGACCGUAACCCUCAAAGAGGCCACCCCCCCUUGCGAAGAAGACCUCUGGGAGGCGCUCGCUCACUCACAGAAGCGCCCCGUCGCGCACUAUGUUCUCAGUGAAGCCGACAUGGCGCUGCGGCGGCAAGUGCUGCUGGCUGGUGGUAUGAUUGUUGAGGCCGACGAGGUGCGGGUCGGCGCGAAGGCUGUUUGGCCAGCUUGUAAAGUCCCGCAUAAGGUUAUAACUAUUACGAUGCGCGCGCAGCCGCCAGAACCGAGGGCGGAUGGGAAGCACGGGAAGCCUAGUAAGAAGUCGCGGAUCGCGAUAAGGAAGGCGCAGCAGAAGAUCAAGGCUACGGAAGAGGAGCGACAGCGGAAGAUCGAUGCGACGAAGAAGUUCGCAGGAUUUCCGCCCGAGGAGAGGGCGAGAUUGGAGAGGGAGGACAAGAGCAGGAAGAAUAGGGAGAAGAAGGCAAAGAAAAAGGCUAGGGAAAGAAUUAAGAAGUUGGCACUAAAAGCCGCUGCAGAAGGCGGUGAUGUUGGUAAAGAUGAGAUGAAGGAUCAGGAUGGCGGCAGUGACAGUGAUUCGGAUUAG